AUGAAGUCUGUCCGCCGCGCGUACGCGUCGAGCCUCAACGGCACCUGGCCCGCGUCCAAGGCAAAGUACGUGCCGACGUCCGGCACGUACCCCAAGGGCUACACCGCCGCGGGCGUCUUCGUCGGCAUCAAGCACGGCAACACCGACAAGCUCGACCUCGCCCUCCUCUCCUCGGACCGCCCCGCCGCCGCCGCCGCCGUCUUCACAAAGAACAAGUUCCAGGCUGCCCCCGUCACCUUCAGCCGCAGGCUCCUCGACGCCCGCGCAAACACCGGCCUGCGCAGCGUCAUUGUCAACUCGGGCUGCGCAAAUGCAGUCACCGGCACCGGCGGCCUCGAGGAUGCCGCUGCCAUGGCCUCGACCACGGACCGGCACGUCGGCGCCCCGGACUCGACAAUCGUCAUGAGCACGGGUGUCAUUGGGCAGCGCCUGCCCAUUGCAAAGAUUGUCGACCAUAUCCCCGUCGCCUACCUCAAGGCCGGCGACUCGCACCAGCACUGGCUCGACUGCGCAACCGCCAUCUGCACCACCGACACCUUUCCCAAGCUCAUGUCCCGCUCCUUCAAGCUGCCCUCGUCGCCCGGCGUCGAGUACCGCAUCGCCGGCAUGACCAAGGGCGCCGGCAUGUUGGCCCCUAACAUGGCCACUCUGCUAACCAUCCUCGCCACCGACGCCCCCAUCGCCCCCGGCAUCAUGCGCUCGGUCCUGCAGCAGGCCGUAGACUGCUCAUUCAACUCAAUCACCAUCGACGGCGACACCUCAACCAACGACACCGUCGCCCUCUUGGCCAACGGCGCUGCGGGCGGCACCGAGGUCACGUCCGAGCAGUCGGAAGAUGGGCGCGCCUUUAGCGGCAUGCUGACCGACUUCGCCGCCGACCUGGCCAAAUACAUUGUCCGCGACGGGGAGGGCGCCACCAAGUUUGUCACCAUCCGCGUCGUCGAUUGCGCGUCAUUGGAUUCGGCGCGCACCAUCGCCCGGUCCAUCGCCCGGUCGCCCCUCGUCAAGACGGCCCUUUACGGCAACGACGCCAACUGGGGCCGCAUUCUGUGCGCCGCCGGCUACGCGCUCAUCUCCCCACCUGGCCACCUCGUCAACGACGUCCCGGAAAUCGUUCCGGAACGAACCAGCGUUUCCUUCAUUCCGACAGACGGCUCCCAGGAGUUGAAGCUGUUGGUCAACGGAGAGCCCGAGGAGGUCAACGAGGCGCGGGCUGGCCAGAUCGUCCAGGCUACGGACCUCGAAAUUCUCGUCAAGCUGGGCACGGGCGACAAGAGCGCCGUCCACUGGACUUGCGACAUUAGCCACGACUACGUCACCAUCAACGGGGACUACCGUACUUGA